UUUGAAAAGUCGUUCUAAGUUUCAAGCAUCAUCGAAAUGGCGUCCCCCGUGACUGUUUUGGAGAACCCAAUUCCAAAGAGUGGUCAACACCUUUUGUUCUUCCUUACCAGCAAACAGCAGCUGGCAUUGGAACAGCGUCCCAUUGAAAGUUCUUUAGGCUAUUCAGCUUAUGUUGAUCAUGGAGUGUCUCAAGGUGUCAUUGUCAACCCCUCUAGUAUUGCAGCUGCGAUGCGUUCUAGCUUGAUUACUGUGUACGGUAUCACCAAGCCAGGCACCGACAAGCAGUACAUUUCUGUUAUAAGCCCCACCUACAAUCUCAUCGCCAACCGCCAGAACCAGCCAAUAGAGACCACGCAGAAGGCACUGGCCGCGUGUUCUGACAAUGACCGUAACAAUUGGGUCUACUACCUGAAUCUGCCACAAGGAACAGCUCAGUAUGCGAUUUACGAAUUGAAUAUCCAGGAUUCGACUUCUGCUCCCACGGUGUAUAGCGGUCCGACUCCGAGUGGGAACUCAAACCUUGCGGCAGUGUACUUUUCCCCGAACAAAGACAGAUUCAUCAUAUUCUCGAACACUGACACACGCCAUUACCUAUACUGGGUUAAUUCCACCCUUCAGAGUGCAAACCGAAUUGCGGGCACUGGUAGCGUUAUGAGUGCCAGCCCACUGGCCGCGACUACAAUAACGAACGUGCAGACGAGGUCUAUGACUAUCUUUUUGUACUACAUGGACGUCAACACCCUCCUUAACCGAAUUGUCGGAAAGGUCACAGACAACGAAAUUCAUUGGUAUGCAAACCAGGUCGUUGAAGGCGCUCCCCCGAUGAAGGUGGACACGCUAUUGACGGGCGUGGUUGUUGAGGAAAAAUGGAACUGCUUGUAUUACAUCCCAGAUGGAGACACGGAGUUCAGGGCGUUUAACGAUACCAUCCGUGACAGCUUUUUUGAUGAGCCGAGAGAGGGAUAGGCUCUCAGCGCACGCUCAACGCUCCUCCUUCAGGAUGUUUUGAUGUGAUGUCAAUUCAAUUCGUUAACUUAGUUGUUAGUCACUCUUUUAGUCGAGCUGA